UCACACGAACUCGGUCGAUUGACGAUCAACCGCAAACGAGUUUCGGUGCGACUUCGCGCACAGUUGGUAUACGUGUACGCUUAGGGCCUGAUGGGGAAGAGCCUGAAACAAAUGUGGCAAGUCGUAAAAUAUCGCUCGAUUUCAUCUGUAUUGACGGAAUCUUGAAGUGUGUGAUUCAGUUCCUUGGUGCCUUUUUACGAGAGAUGCAUUGGUAAUUCUCCGUCGAGUGUCGAGGAUCUACCGGUAAAGUUUAGUAUUGAUCCUGUGCUUGAACGGCGAAGAUCGCAAAACGACUUGGAAAAUUUGAAACUUCGAAGUUGGUAUAAUAUUGCGAAAUGCAUAGUGAGCUUUCAUUCGUGCAGUGAUUAGAGGAGGCAGCAAAUUUGAGGCGCAGAUAAGCGACUGGUGAAGAAGCAAAAGAAAACUCGCAAAAUUGAACACUAACAGCAGCAGCAAGUGUUUAGCCUCGUGCACUCCCAUCUGCGAAUUCCGAGAAAUUAAAAUUUGUUUUUGAUUUUGGUUUCGCGUUCAAUGUCGCAAAGUGGUAUGUGAUGAUAAGAAAGCCUGUAUUCGUACGAACUUAAAGUUAAAUUGCUAUUGCUCGGUUUCCGUCAUUUGUGUGUUGAAGGCCGCUUUUGAGUGUGAAGGCAAACCUGAAGCCGAUUAACUACUAACAUUUAGUCGAUAACAACGAUAAGAAAUAUAGGUGAUAACUGAUCGUCGUCAAUACCAUCACCCCGUUGAAAACGUAGACGAUUAUCAUCGUUUUAAUCACCAGCGCGAUGUCGACGCUACUCAAUCUGGACAGUUACCGUCAUGAAUUAUUCGAACAACAGCAGCAUCAACAACAACAGCAGCAACAGCAGCAGCGGCUGUCGUCCUCGCCGACCUAUUCGGUGCUGUCGAUGGAGUCCUCGACGUCGUCUCCGAGUGCCAGUGAGACCAACAAGUACUACUCGAGCCAUUCUCCGUCCAGCACCAGUAAUAUGUCCCCCCAGUCGACGAUCAGCGAUACAAGUUCUUUUAAUAUGCAAAAUCUUAACAUUUCCGCCAGUUACCACUACUAUACCCCCCAGACAGUGGGAGACGAUGGUCAGCUGCAGACAUUCAACUACACAGCGCACGGAAAUGCAACCGACCAGUCGCGCAUUGAACUCUCCGUACCUCAUCUGGUAAUACUGGAGCAACCGGUAGAUAAAUUUCGAUUUCGGUAUCAGUCCGAGAUGCAUGGCACGCAUGGUUCUCUGAUGGGAGUCCACACCGAGAAGAGUAAGAAGACAUUCCCAUCGGUGGAACUGUGCGGGUUUCAGGGGGAGGCGAAAAUUCGUUGCUCCUUGUAUCAGGUGGAUCCGUCCAAACGGGCGGCUCAUUCUCAUCAUCUGGUGAUCAAAAGUGGUGAAAUCGAUUUGAACGAUCCGCAUGAUAUUGAUGUGAAUGCUGAAACAGGUUAUGUUGCUAUGUUUCAAGGGAUGGGAAUCAUCCAUACGGCGAAAAAGAACAUCGCCGAAGAGUUGUGCAAGAAGAUAAAAAAACAGCGAGUUGUCGAAAUGAAUCGGGAACUUACGCUCCGGGAGGAGCAUCAGCUGCAGAAAGAGGCGACAGAAAUGGCGAAAACGAUGAACCUGAAUCAGGUGUGCCUAUGCUUUCAGGCCUUCCAAGUGGAUCCAACGUCUGGGCAGUGGACGCAGCUCUGCGAGCCAGUGUAUUCCAAUGCAAUUAACAAUAUGAAGAGUGCGCUGACCGGUGAACUGAAAAUUUGUCGGUUAAGUUCUACCGUUGGAAGUGUGGAUGGUGGGGAGGAGGUCUUCAUGUUUGUGGAAAAAGUUUGCAAAAACAACAUUAAAAUUCGAUUCUACGAAACGGACGAGUACGACCAGGAAGUAUGGCAAGGCUGGGGUUCAUUCUCGGAAGCGGACGUACAUCAUCAGUAUGCAAUCGCCUUCAAAACGCCCGCCUAUCACAACAAAGACAUCACCGAACCGGUGGAAGUGUUCAUGCAACUAUUCCGACCCCGGGACAAGUGCCAGAGCGAAGGCGUCCCAUUCAAAUUCAAACCCCGCCCAGGAAUGAUGGCACUGACGAAUCAAUCACGCAAACGGCCGCGAGUCCACUCCGGAAAUAUAUCCAAUGAAAUUCCGACCGUUGUUCCGAACGAGGUCAGUCCCGGUCCCAGUCGGUUACCACCGCUGCAUCAACCGUUCCCGAUGGUGCAGGCCCAGGGACACAUCCCGGAGGCGGGUACCAUUAGUAAGGAGUUCAACAAGUCCGGCAUAAUUCAGGAGAUUUUGGAAAGUCAUAUCCCCACCACGAUCGCGGGUGACAUCUCCUUCAGUUCUAAUGAUUUCAAAGAUUUCGUGCAUUGUAACUCGGAAGAGUUACACAAGCUCAUAAAUGAGAUCGGAGAAGCUCAGGAGCUUGCCAAGCUGGAAACGGAUUCCGUUUCAGCGGCUCACGUAGACGGGGAAGCUGCUCGGUUUGAGCGAGCUUUGGAGAAAUAUCUGGACGAUAAUCAGCAGGCUAAGGAUGUAGACAUUUUGAAAAAAAUUCUAGCCAUUAUACGGUUGUUCCGAAGGGAUUAUGACCGGUGCCGGGAGCUGAUAUCGGCUCUUUGGAUGUCUUCAAAUAAGCAGAAAGCCAACUGUCUGCACAUAGCAAUCGAACGACGGGACAUCACCAUCGCCUGCAAACUGAUCGAGGUGCUUCGAAACUACAACCUUCAGGAAUUGCUGGAUCUGAUGAACGAGCGCCAUGAAAAUGCUCUCCACCUAGCCGUUUCAGCGUAUCUCGCGGAGAUAGUGGAUGCUCUGCUGCUGGCAGGUGCCAACCUAAAUGGCUGUGAUUAUCGAGGGAACUCCGUACUGCAUCGAGCCGUUGUGGAGGGUUCGACGGAAAGUUUAGGUGUCUUGUUGGAACAUUGCAAGCGCAUUGGGGCCCGUUUGGAUGCGACCAACGAUGAGGGAUUUUCCGCGUUGCAUUUGGCAUGCAUGUGUAAGAAUCUGAGGAUAACGCGCCUGCUGUUGGAACGAGGAGCUUCCCACACGGCACGGGAUCUGAAGCAUGGGAACAAUAUUCUCCACAUCGCAGUUGAAAGUGAUUCAUUGGAUAUGGUCAACUAUAUUCUGGAGAAUGUAGACAAAACUCUCAGCGAGAAGCCGAACAAUGCAGGUUACACCGCACUUCAAUUGGCAAACGCCAAACAUCUGGCAAACUCGAAUAACAAGCUCAUUGUGAAGGAGCUGCUUAGGUUCAGUCCUAAAGGCGUGCUUGAAAAAGAACCUCUUCCCGAGGAUGAGGAUGAUGAGCCAGUGCAAAAUGAUGAAGAGUUUUCAUCUAGCAGCUCCUCGUCGACGGAUAGUGUUUUGCUGUCGAUGAAUUUAACCUGUAAUCGGGACGAGGUAAGACGAAUUUUGGAGGAGCAUACGAUCUCGAACGAGGGUGCCGUUUUGACCCCAUUGAAGAAUGUCCCCUACAAUAUUGCCACCGACAGCACUGGAAGCUGUCUGUUCGAUGACGAGUGUCUCUCUCAGCUGUGUGAUCUGUUGAACCGGAACCAGUUGUGGAAAGAAAUUGGUUCUUUGCUUGAUUUCAACGCUUUUUUCGCUAUCUGGGAGCAAUCGUCUAAUCCUACUGGAAUGCUGUUGAACUAUUUCGAGAUGCAGAAAUCGAAACUUGAUCAUUUGACGGAUAUCCUGCAGGCACUCGAUCAAAAGGAUGCAAUACACCUGAUUGACGAGAUGGUAUGUCGGCAAAUGAAGUAACUCACCCAAAUAUUUGGACACAUUUGAUAAGCUCCAGUACAUAUUUGAGUAACACUGACAACGUUCCAAACAAUGCUAGUGAUUUUGUAUCAUAGACUUGUUUUAUAUGCAGUUUGUACGUAUUGUGUAUUGUAUUGAUAAAUUUUCGGAAUAGUUUUUGUAUAAAAAGGACAAUUUUUUUUAACAAAA